AUGACGCGCCAAUUUUUGAAUUUAAGUAGCAAUGAUUGUUUCCAAAAGUGUUCUGAAGUAGCCCACACUUCGGUGGGUGAAAGCGUUAAACACAGUCUCAGUGGUUCUUGUUUACUUGCAAUAAACCCGUUUUUACCAAAGAGGCAUCGUGCACUUAUUGGUGACACCGUGACUGUGUGUAUUCCACUUGGGAGUAGUAUUGUGAUUAUUCAGUUGUUAUUUUACCAUGGAUGUCAUUGGUGGCAAGCACCUCUAAACAGAGAAACGGAGGAAGACGAACUUACAAAAUUGCGAGUCGAAGUGGUUUCCUUAAAAACGGAGGUCAGCAGGAUCUUGGAACUAGUUUUGGAUUUUACACGGGUGAGUGUAAAAUCAGAUAGGGUCUUAACAGCUACUGACAAUGAAUGUGAAUCUUUACAAGCCGCAUUUUCCAACAGCGGCAAUAACAAAGACCCUGUCACAUCAAAGAAUAUUGAUGUUGUUAACCAGGAUAAAGAUCCAAAUGACCACCGGAACAUUACAUUGCAUAUUCUUCACAAAGAUUGCAUUACAGUUUGUAACCAUUAUCAAGGUACACCAGCUUUGACUCUUAUUGUGCAGCAAGGUAACACCGAGACAAAUGUUGAUCUUGUGCCAUUCAUCAAGGAUCCAUAUAACUACUGGCACUUAGAAUGGCCUAGGGAAGGAUCCACGUGGCCAUCUGCGGAAAAGAUUGAUGAGUGCAAAAUGAUGGGUGUGGAUCUUGUAGCCAAAGAAACUGUAUUCUGGAGAUAUUCCUUUUCCCGUAUUGAAAAAUUCCUGCUGGAAGGUAUUGAUGCUGAUGGUGGCUUCAGAAAAGCCAGCCUGCGUAUCCUGAAAAAGAUUCGUAUUGAUUACUGGGAAUCACGUUUCAGGAAAGUGCUGGUAUCCUAUCAUCUAAAGGUAAUCUUAUUUUGGGCAUGCGAAAAUUACCCAGACUCCGACUUCUGGUGUGAUCUUAACACAUCCUUCAGAAGGUUGGUAGAUGACCUCAUCGACUAUUUAUCUGAGACGAAUCUUCCCCACUACUUCGUAGAUGAAGUCAACAUGUUCAAAACUGACAAUGACAGCAAAUUAAAGCUCCAAGAGUUAUGUGAAGAAGUGAAGAAGCUCCGAAGAAACCCAGAACAGUAUCUAAGCAUAGAAGACUAAUGUCCUGUCAGUUACCUUGUUAUGUUGCUUGAAGCAGAACAGGUCUUGAAUAAAGUAAAUUUUUUCUAAGCAGAAGAGGUCUAGAAUAAAGGUAUUCAGGAAAGGAAUUUUUACAGUGAAGAAGCAACAUGAAACAAGGAUCUGUUUACACACCUCUGAGAUAUAAUAAUUUAUUCAGUUGAAUAAAACUAUGGU